AGGGAGGCCGGAAUACGAAUCGAGGAGGUGCACGUGGUGGGUCACAGCCUGGGAGCCCAGACGUCGUCGUACAUCGGAUCCGCGCUCAAGGACAUGGGAGUGGGGAAGCUGGGUCGCAUCACCGGGCUCGACCCGUCUGGUUACUAUUUCGAAUUCACCGAUCCUCGCGUGAGACUGGAUCCCGAGGAUGCCCUCUUCGUGGAUGCCAUUCACACCGACGGCGUUCACGCGAGCGGCGCGAUGCGUCUCGUGGCAGGGUUCGGGACGCUUCAACCGAUGGGUCACGUGGAUUUCUAUCCGAAUUCGGGGGCUCGGAUGCCCGGUUGCGGUCUUACUCUUCAGGGGGCCUUCGGCAAGGGGAUGUUCGGCAAUGGGAUCAGAUCCCCCUUCAGUCGUGGAAGUGACGGUCUCACGAGAUUCACAGUUUGCAACCACUUGAAGGCCUACGAAUACUUCAUCGAAUCCAUCAACUCUCCCUGCUCUUUCCUCGCCCACCAGUGCUCAAACUGGUUCGAGUUCGUGUGA